GGGAGGUUUUACCGUACUUCCGAGGGAGUAAAAUAUUUUUUGGGUCCACUUUCGUCCCAAUACAGUAACUUCACACCUUCGCUCUUUCUUAGAAGCCCUAAUUUGUUUCCGAAGCCCUAAUUUUACUGCAUUUGAUCAAUUUUCAUUUAAAUCUCCCCAUCAAUGGAGAUAAAUCCAAAAUUUGGUAUUUUCAACCAAUUUUUUCCUCUUGAAUUACCCCAUUUUCGGUACUUUCAGUUGAUUUUUUUAUAACGAGUUGCACAAGUUUCAUUUGACUAUUUGUAUCAAUGGCAGGAAAUUCUAGAUUCAUUGUUUUGUACAAGUUUUGGCUCUAGAAAAACCUUUGCUUCUGUGUUCCCAGUCAAUUUUUUAACAACCAGAAAAGCAAAUUUCAUUGCUCUGUAAAACAGGCUUGGAAAAUUGUUAUUCUCUUUAGCCAUGCAUCUAUGGCCGUCUCUGAGGUUGAGAGACGCAUUCAAGUUCGACUACUUGACGAAGAUAGAAUGGAAAAUGAAGCGGAUGAAGGAAGAGAAAGCUGAUGAAUCUCAGAGACAAAGGUUACUGGAGGAUAAGCAAGGGGAUGGUACUGAUGCUAAAGAUGUGGUUGAUGAGGGAGAAGCCAUGGGCUCUGAUGAUCAUGGGAUCCAUGGGUUUUGUAAGGAUUUUUUUCUGAUUCUCUCUUGCUGCUAUUGCUGCUUCUGUUGUGGAGCAUGUGAAGAAGAGAACGACAGAUGAUGCUUCGCAAACUGUGCUUAUGGAAUAACACUGCUAUCACCAGAACUGAGAUUACUGUUAAGGUUUGAGAGCCUUCAGUCACUGUACAUAGUUGGUGCGAUGCUCAUUCUGUGUAAACAACACAAUAUGGUAUUUCACUCUAAUGCUUAUUUGAUUUCUUCAUUCUCCUAGUA